AUGGAUGGAAAUUCUCCCCCUCAUUUGGAGACGCCAGAUGGACCAGAUAAAGAUAACUUAGAACAGAUUAGAAAAAGACGGCUAGAAAAACUUAGUGCGGGUCAAAAGCCUGCACAAGUCACUCACUCAGAAACCUCAUCAUCUACUUCCUCAGAAUCCAAGAACGCAGACAAGCUGAACGUCCAGACUACAAUCAAAGACAUCACUAAGGCACCUGAGAUUCUAUCCUCUCACGACUUCUCGACUACCAAUCAUGCACAGUCCCAAGAACCUAGAACCUCAAAUGUUCGAUCUCUGACAAAAAAACUGGCCUAUGAAGAAACGAUUGAGCAAUACGAAAAUAAAAUUUUAGGACACAUAUUCUGUAUCACACUAGAUCCUGAACUAACCUAUGAUGCCUCUCAUCAUAGGCUCACUAUGUUACCAAAUCUGAGGCGGGAUCUAGAAGAAGAGAAUGACCCAGUUCUGCUCACGCGAGACAGGCUUGAUUCUGCUAUUCUUGAAGCAGCAUCCAAAGUACCAGCCGACAAGUGUAUACUUGACUAUCUACUACCAUGCUUUAAGAGGGUAUCACAGAUUUUGACGACUCUACGGGAUGCCUCUCCCACAAAGCUCGCUAUUUUAAAAGAAGCAGAGCGGCUCUGUAUCAGCUAUUGCAUUUUUGCCAUCGAAGAACCAGAUAUAUUUGGUCGUAAUUGUAACCCAGAGCGUGAUUCUUUGGUUAAGUAUUUAUUACUAGAGCCAUCUGAGGAUACAAGUGCGGAUCCGAUGUUCAUCAUGAAAUUACUCCGAAGAUUUGAUGAAGAUGAUUCAGUUCGAUCUAUAUUGACAAAAACUGCCUCAGACCUCAGCAAGAAACUCUCCAAGCUGACCAUGAAUGACAGUCAUAAGUCUUAUUCUAAUGCUCUAAAAGUACUGUGUCAAGAUAGUAGAAUUGUUACGGCAAUUACACAGCUUCAAUCUUUCUACAUAGCAGAUGAGCCUGCUCCAAGCAUUGAAAAAAAUACCUUCCUUGGACCCUUUUUUCACAUAUCUCCUUUACAGCCUGAGAUCACUCUAGAAUACUUCUCAAAAGCCAAAACUAUGAAUCCUAGAAUGAUAAGCACAGCCCAGGAGACAUUAAGAAUGACAAGUCAGGCGCAUCAAAGAGACCUUCUCGAGAUUAUAAAUUUGUUUGUAAGAGCGAGUGUAUUCUCUAGAAAUAAGACCUUGGAUUGGUUUGCAUACGUCAUAAACUCCAACGAAAAGCGUCGGGCCCUUCGUCCAGACCCUGCCAUACUCUCAACUGACGGGUUUCUACUUAAUGUUACAAGUGUUCUAGACGGGCUUUGCACUCCAUUCAUGGACUCAACCUUUUCUAAAAUUGAUAAGAUCGAUAUCGAUUAUCUCCGGAGAAAUCCUCGCAUUAAUAUUAAAAAAGAAACAAAAUUAAAUGCUGAUCAAGAUGCCUCAGACGAAUUCUAUGAUGUAGUAGUCGAUGGUAACUCAAACUUUAUUUCUGAGAUAUUUUUUCUCACAAUGGCUGCGCACUACUACGGCACUGGAGGGACUAUUGCUGUGCUUAAAUCCUUAGAUAAAGAUAUCGGGUAUCUAGAACAAAAGAUUUCUCAACUAGAACUAGAACGUCCUAAAUUCGCUCAUACACCGCACAACCUAGCUAGAUUCGAAGAACAGCUCAACAAGUUUAGAGACGUUCUGGACAAAUCUUGCUCUUUAAAAUAUGCUUGCGAGGCGGUUCUUUUUGACAGAACUAUGCAGGCAAAAUCACUGAUGUUUAUGAGAUAUGUAACAGUCUGGUUAUUGAGAGUCGCCACCGCCACCGACUAUACACCUGAAAAGCAUAUUACGUUGCCAUUAUCUUCAGAAAUACCAGAUGCUUUUCGGUUUUUACCUGAGUAUACUCUUGAAGAUGUUGUUGGGAGCUUCAUAUUCAUAUUUCGACAUGUCCCGGAUACAGCAAUUUCUGCCAUAGGUGAUGAACUUAUUGUACUAUGUAUUACGUUCCUCGUUAAUUCAGAGUAUAUCAAAAACCCAUACUUGAAAGCCAAGUUGGUGUCAUUGCUAUUUUUUGGAACCUGGCCAGUAUAUCAUCAAAAAAACGGUGUAAUUGGUGAUGCAUUAGCGGGCUCCAAAUUUUCUAACGAAUACUUAUUACAUGCCUUGAUGAAGUUCUACAUCGAUGUUGAAUGCACUGGAGCGCACACACAAUUCUAUGAUAAAUUUAAUAUAAGAUACGAGAUUUUUCAGGUCAUUAAAUGUAUUUGGACCAACAAUAUCUAUCAGCAGCGCUUGAUUCAGGAAAGUAAGACAAACACGGAAUUUUUUCUGAGAUUUGUCAACUUACUUCUCAACGAUGCUACAUACGUGCUGGAUGAGGCCUUGACAAAGUUUCCCAAGAUUCAUGACCUACAACAGGAAUUAAAGACCAAUAAUUUAUUAAGUCCGGAACAGAGAAUUGCUCAAGAAGAAGAGCUCCGCACAGCUGAAUCGCAAGCACAGUCCUAUAUGCAACUAACGAACGAGACAGUCUCUAUGAUGAAGCUUUUCACAAAAUCUCUCAGCGCCUCCUUCACCAUGCCGGAAAUAGUUGACCGAGUUGCGGCAAUGCUAGACUACACGCUUGAUAUUCUCGCUGGCCCUAAAUCUACAAACCUCAAAGUUGAUGACAUGAAAAAAUUCCAAUUUGAGCCUCGAACUUUACUUAGUGAAUUUGUAGAUAUUUUCCUUAACCUUGGGGUUUCCGAAAACUUCAUUAGAGCAGUUGCACAAGAUGGGAGGUCUUACAAGCCAUCCAACUUUGAAGCUGCCUAUCGCAUUCUUACGCGAUACAAUCUCAAGUCCCCAGAAGAAAUAAAUGCGUGGAAGGAGCUAACGUGUCGCUUUGCGCGCGCGAAAGAAGAAGAUGAUCAGGACGAAGAAGACCUGGGACAAAUUCCUGACGAAUUUUUAGAUCCAUUAUUGGCGAGUUUAAUGCACGAUCCUGUCCUUUUACCCAAAAGUCAACAAAUCAUUGACCGAAGCACGAUUCGUAGCCAUCUAUUAAGCGAUCCUAAUGAUCCAUUUAACCGUCAACCACUACGGAUUGAGGAGGUUAUCGAGCUCCCUGAAAUGAAAAACAAAAUUCUCGCAUGGAAGCAAGAGGCCAAGGCUCACGCGAAGGCAUUUCGGCAAGGUGCUAUAGAUAAAAUGGAUACUAGUGACGGGUAG